AUUCAUUUAUGCUAAUAAUUAAAAGAAAACAAAAUACCAAUAUUACUCUACCUAUAUCGAUAUUAGGGCUUUCUUUUCUAACUAAUACUGAUAUAUUGGUCAACAGCAUAUUCACGUUUCAUUAUAUUGAUACAAAAAUGUACUUAGAAAGAAGGCAGACAUUAUAUUUUAUGUGAUAGAAAUUUCUAUUGUGUCUUUUCAUUUAGACGAAACGUCCACUGAAGAACUGUUUUGUAGGUCGUAUUCAACUUUCAUACUUUUAAUUUCCAGGAUUUAAAAUUGUAAAAAGUUAUUUAUAAGAUUCUAAGAAUAGCUAAACUGAAGGUCAAGUUCAUAACAAACAUUACGGAAGCGGAAGCGGAAACGACAAAAUGGCCGACAGAGACAUUAAAAAAUCGCAGGAUAUUGAGUCCAAGAGAAAAGCAGCUGCAAAUGAUGUGCCAAACUACACAGUAAAGAAGCAAAGGCUAUGCGACGUGCAAGAUUACAAGAGGAAAGUUGACGAAACUGUCGAACCUAGAUAUCCAUCUAAGAAGCAAAGAGUAUGCGGCAUACAAGAAAAGGGUCCUGUUGGCCUUCCUUUUCAAGUGAUUGGAGUGAAUGAUAACCAAAGUGCUGACGGAACCGCAAUAGGAUGCCUCGGUACUUCCGCCGGAAGAUCCUGUGCAAUAAAGUAUCGUUCACUUGGAAACACUUUGGCAGCUUCAAAUCGGCAAGAUGAUUGGGAUGAAGAAAAGAAGGAGAACAAUAUUCUUGAUUAAAAUAUCAGAAUGUUUUUGAACUACAAGGAUGAAAUAAUUUAUAAAGAAACUAAAAAGGAUCAUGAGAAGAAAUUUAAAGUGAUAUGUUGACUGCAAGAUCGGCGUUUAAACUACAUUUCUUUUAUACGUGUACUCUUCAAGAUGAUACCAUCUAAAAGAAAUAUUAAUUGUAAACUGCAAUGUUACGUAUUAUAUUUAAACAAGUAAUGCCCAUUUAGUGUACAUAUCAGAGAAGACACUGACAUUUGCCAAAUGACCAAUUUAGCCUUUAGUAUUCCUGGUUUUGCCGUGGUCACCAUACCAAAGAGUAGGAAGAAUCUGUAAAAAUGCCAAUUUUUUUUGUACUGUUUAUUUUCGUAUUAGAAAUCUCCUUCAUUUUGAGUAUUUAUAAUAACAACGAUUUAAUCAUCUUCAUUGUCAUUCUGUACACAACUUUUCAAUACAGUAAAACUUAUAUAGUUAAAGUCGGUAAAAAGGUAGUUCAGAGCAAGUAAUAUUGAUUAUUAAUUAAUUAAUAUAAAUGUACACACAAAGUCUUAAACGAAAUAAUUUUUAUUUUUAUAUGCCAGAAGGGACUUAUUAUGUGUUGCUGCUGAUCUUCUGUUUGUCUGUACGCACGAACGUACGUAUGUACAAAUGUCUGUCUGUAAGUAAUUCAAUUUCCGUUCAAUAACUUGACCCACGAUUCUCAAACUUACCACGCAACUUACUCAUGAGCAGCACAUGAACCGUAUUGAUUUUGAGGCUAGGUGGCCAAAGGUUAAGGUCACAGUAACUGUUCGUACAAAAGAAAAACGUUUCCGCUCAAUAACUUUAGAACAUUUUGACCUAUGAUCCUCCAAUGUAAAAAGUACACUGGACACUGCAUAGCCUGAUUUAAUUCUGUGGUUAGUGAGUUAAAGGUUAAGGUGGCUGGCUGUUAGUGCAAAACCAGUUUCCGCUCAAUAUCUUGAGAGCCCUUAGCCUAAGUUUCUCCAACUUUGCAGAGCAUUACCAUUGGGCAGUGUAUAACCUGUUAACUUUAAGGUCAAUAAAUUAAACGACAAGGUCGCAAAACUACAAAAAACCGUGUCUUGAGAAUGCCUUGACUUUAAAUUCUUAAACUUAGUAGGCUCAUCGUUCAUGUGUAGUGGUUAUCCAUAUUGAUACAAAGGUCAGUGGGUCAAAUAUCAAGGUCACAGUUAUUGUUAUAACAAAAAUUUUUCAUCUUAGCAAACCCUUGACCUAGCAGCCUUUUUGUCAGGCAUAUUAUAUUUGCUUCUCAAGAUCGAAACAUUGCUCGGGAUGAAUAAUCCUUUUACAUAAGGCCAUCUAGCUGGCUUAAGGAGAUAAUCAGUCGCCCAUCCAUGCCUGUAAUAAAGCUUCAUCCACCAUCAAAAGCUGAAAAGUCGCCAUAUUUCCGAAAAUGUUUCUAAAGCUUUAUUUUUGUAUUAACGAUAGUAUAUUGAAAGUUGAAAUUAUAAGAGCACUUAUUGAAAGAUAACUGUGCCUUGUUUUUCUACAUUUCAUUAUAGUAAUACAUAUAUGUGUGCAAGUACUACAUCCAUUUCUAUUCCAAGACAAAUCAUUUAUAUGCCACUGUAUAUAUUAUUUGAUGUAUGCUACUGUAGAUGUUGUUUUUCAAAAUGUUUAUUAACAAUUUUGUGAUCUAUUAUUUUAUGUUUACAAAGUUAUGGCAGCAUGCCUCCAGACUUCAGGGUGUGUACAACAAUUAUGAACGUCUAUAUAUUGUUUCAAAUUUCACACAUUGAUAAUGAUAACAUACAGGAAUAAAUGCAAUUUGAUAUUUACAAGGUAGUAUCAGUGUCACCAUUAUAUGUAUACAUAGUUUUUAAAGGCAGAUAAUUACUUUUAAGCAACAUGUUUUCGUAUAUUUUGUUAGAGAUUUAAGGAACAAAAUAACCCAUUACAUAGUCUUAGAUCCCUAUUACAAAUGUAUGUUUCAUUGGUUUUUUUUAUGAAAUUUUAUAAUUAUCCCCAACUUUAAUAUGAAAUAAUACCAUGUAAUUUAUAGUUUUACACUUGCAUUUGAGAGGCUGUUUUAGGGAUACUACAACAAUCUGAAACAAAGGCAAGUUCUAAGACUAUGGGUGGCUUAGAAAUUUGUUUAUUUCCAAACUUUGUGGUUGCACAGAUACAGUACAAUAUGCUUCAUAUUUAUAUCAUUUUUGUGGCAAAGUAUGUUUAUCAGAUUUACACAACACUUGUGAAAACUAACUUGUAUUAAGCACUUAGUGAACAAAAAUAAGUGUGAAUGAUCAAAUGAUAAAGCUUUAAACUAAGUCAUUACUUGUCUCAAAUCUGAUGAAGUUUUGAAAUCCUCGUAUACAGGCAGCUGAACAAUUGGAAAGAUUGUAAGCUUGUAUAUUUUAUUUGAUACAAUGGCAGAUAAUAUGUUAAUAUUUGUUUAUGUACACAUAUUUAUAUCUAUAGAAUAAAGUGAGACAAAAACGA